AAAGUAGAAUUUUGUGUGAUAAGUUUUUUCUUGGAGCGUAUUCUCUUCAUAAAAUAAAUGUGGGAAACAUAUUGUCAUCUUCUGCUACAAUUGAUACCCAAAAAAGGCUUUGUGAAAAGAAUGCCAAGAUAGUGUCACUACUAUCACAAAACUUUAAGUGAAUAAAAAUGUGAGAGAAGCUAAUACUUAGCAUAUGGUUUUUCCCCAAACUGGAAAAGCUUGUAUAAGAAUAUUAUCUAGGCUUCUUCCUCUUCCGGGGACGUUGUGUGCAGGCACUCGGAAUGGCCCAGCGUUUGACAUACCGGCGUAGGCUUUCCUACAAUACCGCCUCCAGCAACACUAGGCUGUCCCGGACCCCUGGUAAUAGAAUUGUUUACCUUUAUACCAAGAAGAUCGGGGAAGCACCAAAAUCAGCAUGUGGCGUUUGCCAAGGCAGGCUUCGAGGGGUUCGUGCUGUAAGACCUAAAGUGCUUAUGAGAUUGUCCAAAACAAAGAGACAUGUCAGCAGGGCCUGUGGUGGUUCCAUGUGUGCUAAAUGUGUUGGUGACAGGAUCAAGCGUGCUUGCUUUAUCGAGGAGCAGAAGAUCAUUGUGAAAGUGUUGAAGGCGCAAGCACAGAGUCAGAAAGCUAAAUAAAAAAUGAAACUUUGAGUAAUAA